AUGGCUGCAACAAAGCUUGUAGCUCUUAGCUUUGCUGUCCUCAUGAGCAUUGGAUUGGCCAAUGCUGCAAGGGUGUCUAGAUACGCCAGUGCCGAGGGAUCAGGUGCGGGAGGAGGCGAGGGUGGGGGCUCUGUGAAUGGCGGCGGUGUGGGGAAUGGGAAUGGUUAUGGAGUUAGCCAGAGUGGAAAAGGAGUCCACGCCACCGCUGGAGGAGGCGGCUGGGGUGGCGGUGGAUCGCAGUACAAUGGUACUGGAUAUGGCUCUGGAGCUGGCGUUGGUUCAAGCUCUGGCCAGAUGAGCACAGGUGGUGGGAGUGCAAGCGCUGGAGGUGGUGGUGGAGGCGCCGGUGGUGGACAAGCUGGAGGCGUUGCUGGAUCCAGCGGUUACGGGACUGGCAGUGGCAGUGGGUCUGGAGCUGGUGAGGCAGACGGUGGUGCCCCUUCACCGUCCCCACCAUAUGCAAACGCAUAUGCAGGUGGCAAUGGCAGUGGUACCGGUAGUGGCCAAAGUGGUGGGAGUGGCAGCGGCGGUGGCGGUGGAUCUGGUUAUGGUGACGCCAGCCCUUAAAAUUUUCCGUUCUUUGGUGUCAACUAAAUUUACGUUGGAGCCCAUGCAGUCUUUUAUUUGUUUCACCUUGAUAUCGUAGUAUUUGUUUUGUUUUGAUUUUAUCCUUUGAUGUAUUAG